CCUGUCCUGCCUGAUCAUUCUCGCUCGAACGUUGUUCCGCCGUCUCAAGCAUGAAGCCUUCAAACCCGAUGACUACUUGAUGUUGGCUUCCACCGCCAUCUAUGCGGCAUAUACGGGAACGUUUAUUGUUGCUGCAUAUCACGGCACCAACAUUAGCCAAACGAAUCUACAGGACUGGAAGGAUGACCAAAUUGCAUACGGCAUCGGCUCUUUGGACCAUGUCCCCAAACCUAUCUGCUGACAUUCGUCCAGUGGUCCUCGGGUCGCAGUCCCUCCUUCUCAGUCGCAUCUUUUACGUGUCAUACCUAUGGACGUUGAAAGGGUGCCUGCUGAUCUACUGCUACCUGCGCCUGCCCCUACGAACGAAAGAGGUUCUCACAAUCAAGAUAGCUGCCGGCGGCCUCGCGGCGAGUUGGAUUGCUUGCAUGAUAUCGUUCUUCACGGAAUGUAUACCGGUCCAGUUAUAUUGGCAGAUACAAAUUGACCCUCCAGAAUGCACUAGAGCGAUUGCUGCAGUAAUUGCUACGGAAGCAACGAACAUCUUGACCGAUCUGAUUUUGAUGGCAAUACCUCUACCGAUUCUUCUGCGACCGGUUCCCCCACGCCAGGAACUGGUACCACUCUGUGCAUUAUACUUUGGCGGCAUUCUCGUCAUCAUUGCCUCAUUUGUACGAGUGGCAUCUGUGCUCACAAACUUGCUCGGUCAGCAUGAAUUGAUAUGGGGUCAGAUUGAAUGUCUCCUUGCAACCGUCGUUGUCAAUGCCCCUGUUCUUCACGGAAUUUAUCGCCACGGCUGCAAUCACAUUCGAACAUGGAAAUUUGGGAGAGUCCAUUGUGCACAGGACUACGAGCUUGCAGUACAAGAACCGGCAAGGGUGAGGAAUUCUAUUCCUCAACGAAGCGAAGAACAGCACUUGACUGCCAUUGAGGAAGAACAUGGAGGCCAUCCUCGGGGUGGAGAACGAGCUGAAUACCCCCAAACUGAAGAAGAGCAGCCACCACCACAAGGAGUAGAGCACAAGCCAACUAGGAUGAGCGCCACCCGCGCCUCUCUUCGGAACUCUAUCUCUGCUGCUGCUGCAACUGUGAAACGACUCUCCGAUCAAGUACGAAGCAGUUUCGAUAUCGGAGGCAUCGAAAUGAGACGAGAGCUUGUGCAAGAAAUAAAACAUGAGCCCCCAGCACCAGCAGGGCCUGUGGAGGACGAUCCCUCCGGAUUCGAUAUUUACACCGGUCCACCACCGCUUCAGCUAGCUCAUGUUAGCACCCAGGCCUUCGGAGGAGAAGGGCCACGACCCAAACACCUUCGCCCUCCGAGAUUCACCGCACUCAGACGGAAGAAAUGAGUUCCUUUGGUUGCUUUCCUAUGUGUUUUUGGGGAGCUUUCGUUUGGCAGGGUCUCAAAUUGGAUGUUGCUGGUGUUG